GCAGGCGGGGUUAGGAAGGAAAGGAAACGGGGCGCCCAAACAGCACCGCCCCGUGCCUUAUCAGCGUCCGAGGGGAAGGGCGGAGGGGCGAGCAAAAGAGCGGGCCCGGAGCCCGAGCUCCCGCCCGAGCGCCUUUUAAACUGCGUUUCGGCACCUCUCUCUCAGCGCCGCGGCGGCUGGAACCCGCGCGAGCCUCCCGGCCAAUGGGCGCCGCGCUUCCUCCCGCCACCCGCCAAUGGCGGCGCGCGUUCUUGGGGCGUGCGCCAGCCAGGCCUUCCCCCCCCCCCCCCCAGCUUGUGUGUGUGGGCUAGGCUCGCCGCGGGCUCCCGGCUCCGCUGCUCUCUCUCGUUCGUGCGUCCCGGGCUUUUGUGGUGGAGCCGUCCCCGGCUUUUUGUCCCGGCUUCCGCGCGGCCCCGCGGCGCUGCUCCCGGCACCGGAUCCCUCCUCCCCCGCCCCGGACAGCAGCAGCGAGCGAGAGCGAGGAGAGCGAGCGAGCGAGCGAGCGAGCGAGCGCGCCGGCGUGAGCGACGACCGAGGGGCCGCGGAGAGGGGGGGACCGAGCCGCCGUAGCCGAAGAUGCCGGAGUUCCUGGAGGACCCCUCGGUCCUGACCAAAGACAAGUUGAAGAGCGAGUUGGUGGCCAACAACGUGACGCUCCCGGCCGGCGAGCAGCGCAAGGACGUGUACGUGCAGCUCUACCUGCAGCACCUCACGGCGCGCAACCGGCCGCCGCUCGGCGCGGGCGCCAACAGCAAGGGGCCCCCCGACUUCUCCAGCGACGAGGAGCGCGAGCCCACCCCGGUGCUCGGCUCCGGGACGGUCUCGGGUCGCGGCCGCGCCGCCGUCGGCAGGAAAGCCACAAAAAAAACUGAUAAGCCCAGACUUGAAGAUAAAGAUGACCUAGAUGUGACCGAGCUCUCUAAUGAAGACCUUCUGGAUCAACUUGUGAGAUAUGGGGUAAAUCCUGGUCCCAUUGUGGGGACAACCAGGAAGCUGUAUGAGAAAAAGCUGUUGAAACUGAGGGAGCAGGGGGCAGAAUCGCGAUCUUCUACUCCUCUACCAACAGUCUCUUCUUCAGCAGAAAAUUCAAGACAGAACGGAAGUAACGACUCUGACAGAUACAGCGACAAUGAGGAAGGAAAGAAGAAAGAACACAAGAAAGCGAAGUCCACUAGGGAUUUUGUUCCUUUUUCUGAACUUGCAUCCGCUCCCUCUGGUGGAUUUUUUCAGGGUAUUUCUUUUCCUGAAAUCUCCACCCGUCCUCCUCUGGGCAGGACUGAACUGCAGGCAGCUAAGAAAGUGCACUCUGCUAAGGGUGCUGAGCCAGCCUUGCUGGGGCAGGGGCAGACAUCCAUUCCUUCAGAAUCUAGCUAUGAUAGAUGUGUAGAGAAAAGUUCUCCGUCAUCUUUUCAGCGUGAACUCUCUGCCAGGUUGGCCUCUGUGGCCGCUUCUCCUUCGCUGAUGAGAGAGACCACUACUAGCUACUGUAAAGACACAGUAGAAAGCAUUCACCGUGGAGGGAGGCGUAGAGCCCAGCCGGCCUGCGCUGCGGGGUCUGAGGUUUCGGAGCAGUCAGUUCUCUCUAGUGAAAGGGAAGUGCUGCAAGAGUCAGAGAGAUCCCAAGUCAUUUCUCCACCGCUUGCCUGUGCCAUCAGAGACUAUGUCAAUUCUCUGCUAGUCCAGGGUGGGGUUGGCAGUUUGCCUGGGGCUUCUAGUUCUGCCCCCAUACUGGAUAUAGAAAACAUAUGUAAGAGACUCAGCCAGUCUGGCCGUGAAGAGUCUGGAUCCCUGUCUCCUCCCCACAAAGUCCCUAAACUCAGUGAGACGCCUGUAAAAGAAGGGAAUUCAGGGUCACGUGUGGCAUCUCAGGACAAACCUGAAUCUGAACAUAUGUCUGCUUUUGCCAAAAGUGUUGUCUCUCGUUCCCUUACUACCUUAGGAAUAGAAACGUCUAAACCACAUGAUAAAAUAGAUGCCUCAGACCCGUCUUUUCCUCUGCACGAGUCUAUUUUGAAAGUAAUCGAAGAGGAGUGGCAGCAGAUUGAUAGGCAGCUGCCGUCAUUGGCAUGCAGAUAUCCAGUUUCUCCCAGCGAGGCAACACAGAUACUGUCCGUCCCAGCAGUAGAUGAUGAGAUCGUGGGGCUCGUUUCAGAAACCACCCCAGGAGCAGCAAGUCAGGCGUCCUCCAUUGAGUCUUGUGAUAAACAUGUGGACUUGGCUCUCUGCAGAUCCUACGAGGCUGCAGCAUCCACAGUGCAGAUUGCCACCCACACUGCCUUUGUAGCUAAGUCUCUGCAAGCCGACCUGAGCCAGGCAGCGCAGCUUAUUAGUUCAGACCCGAGUCAUCCACACCGAGCACUUGAGAUUCUGAGCAGAGCCUACGAUGCAGCUUCAUAUCUCUGUGAUGCUGCGUUUGAUGGAGUGAGGGCGUCUGCCCAUGCCAUGGGGUCUUCUACUGUGGGCCGGCGGCAUCUGUGGUUGAAGGACUGUAAGAUUAACCCAGCUUCUAAGAAUAAGUUGACUGCUGCCCCCUUUAAAGGUGGGACAUUAUUCAGAGGGGAAGUACACAAAGUUAUUAAAAAGCGUGGAAAAAAACAGUAAUAAAGAACAGAGACAAGCUUUUAAUCGUAGCAGAGCUGAUCUCAGGUUAAGCUCCACUCACCAAAGCACAGUCUGAUCGCACAUCCAGAAGCCUAGUAGAGUUUACCUGACACUUUGACACACGUCUUACACUGUUUCUUCCUGGUUAGUUUAUAACUCUGGGUUUAAAAAAGAGUUCCAGCAGCCAAAAUAUCAGUAGAAUCCUCACUUUUUGUUGUUGUUUUAUUUUGUUCUGUUUUUGACGGCUCUUUGUAGCCCUGGAUGUCCUGGAACUCACAGAGAUCCCUGCCUUUGCAUCCUGCGUGCUAGAAUUAAAGGCGUGUGCCACCACUGCCCGGCAGCCUCACUUUUUUCCUUCUUUUUAGCAGUAUCAUUCACAUGCCCUUAAGCCUAGAUCAGAGUUAAACAUUGUUAAUCACUUGAAAUACUGUUCUUUUUUUUCUUCUCAAAGGAAUUUAUUUUGCACACUCUAGUGUGCAGGAAUGCCGAGUCUCACAGCAGUGAUAGGCUCGCGCCCCGUGAUUUCAGUCUGUUCUGCUCUUAGCUGCUUGUUGUCAUCACACACAUCUCUUGCCGGCCACCUCUGUAGCAGAACUCUUCUCGUCACUCUUGGCUAACUAGAUACAUGUUCUAAAAUUUGUCUGCAUUCUUGUUCGCACUCUUGUCUACAGCACACUUCAUGAUAAUGCUAGAUCAUUGUGACUCUUUGAGUGCCAGUGCACAGACUGGCUAAUUCAGACACUGCAAGAAAGGAAGGGAAAGGGCAGUGUCUUGGUGGUCCAGAGGCACAUGCUGAGUGCAUAUGGCCCCGAGUUCAGUCCACCACCCAAAAACGUGAUGAGAGUUUAAAUCUAGAGAUACCUUGUAGGAGAACGAUACGAGAUAUGUGUACACACAUGCUCACGGGUGUGCUUAUUUUUUUAGUAAGCUAAUUUUAAAAAGCAGUAUCUAGUUGUGCAUUCAGAUAGAGGAGGUAGCUGGCGGUUCAUGGGUCACACGAGCAUGAGGACGACACUUUGAGGGACGCAGUGUGGGUGGCGAGAAGAAGAUAGUCUGUUCACUUAGCAUGACUUGUUAGAUGAGUAAGACACUACAAAGACAGGGCUCUUUUACUUACAUGUACUUGAAAGGGGUGUGUUGUAUGUCCUGGGUAGUUAAAUUUCAGAUCUGGAUGACAAAAUUAGCAAAUUUAAAUUAUUUUCUAAAAACCUAUACUCCAAUGUCUAUGUCUGUAUGAAGCAAUGUAUUACCCUGUUUUCAUUUGUAUGGUGGUAAGGUAAGGGAGCUUGACUAGAGAGACAUGGUGAGUAGUCUGAGCGUGUCCAUGUCUACUCCUGUUGUGUUCUUAGGCUCCACAUUCCAUCUCUGCAGCUGUGGUAUUUGUCUUCUGAAAUGUACAUGUGUACAUGUACCUGUUAAGUACUGUGUGAUUUCUCUAAAGCAAUGUAUUCCUGUAGAAUGCUUCGACAAAUUCAAUAAAGUUGUUAAAUUUGAACAGUU